AUGCCUCCAGCACCAGCAGCAAAAGGAACAGAGGACGCAUACGAUGUGCCAGCAGACUACAAGCCAUAUGUGCCGGUAGCCAAGCGCCGCGCCGCGCUGCUGGCACAAGUCGGCGGACGCCACCUGCCGCAAGCGAAAAAGGUCAAGUUGCUGAGCGGCGACAACUCUACCCAGGCAUCACGGGAAGGCAGCGCCGCUCUCGAUGCCGAGGCGGAGAGGCAGGCUGCGGACGAGGCGGAGAUGGAGCGCGUGGAGCGCGAAAAGACGCGUAGGGAGAAGACACUGCUCCAGGCCGCGCAGGAGGUGAGGCGCAAGAAGGAGAUUGAAGACGCACGCAAGUCCGAGGCCGAAAAGGAGGCGGAGAAGGAAGCGGCUCUCCUUGCCGAGAUGGAGCGUGCGCAGAAAAAGCUGGCCGGCGCGCAGGAGCUCGCCCACGGGACGGCGUACACCGAUAGCAUGAAGACAUCCUGGCGGCCACCCCACUACAUCCGCAACUUGUCCCCCGAGGAGCAGCAGGCUGUCCGUGAAAAGCACGCCAUCAUCCUCGAGGGUGAAGACCCACCACCUGCCAUUGAGCACUUUGCCGACAUGAAGAUUCCCAAGCCACUGCUCAAGUACUUGUCCGGCAAGGGAAUCAAGACCCCCUCGCCGAUUCAGAUCCAAGGCAUCCCCACCGCCUUUUCUGGCCGCGACAUGAUCGGUAUUGCCUUUACUGGUUCUGGCAAAACCCUUACUUUUACGCUGCCUGCAAUCAUGCAGAGCCUUGAAAUGGAGGCCAAGCUCCCGUUCACGCGCGGCGAGGGCCCCGUUGGACUCAUCAUCUGCCCGUCACGCGAGUUGGCGAGGCAGACGUACGAGGGCUGCGUGGCCAUGUGCGAUGCGCUAAAGGCGGAUGGUGACUAUCCCGAGCUCCGCAGCCUGCUGUGUAUCGGUGGCAUCAACAUGGCCGACCAGGCCGACGCGCUCAACAGAGGUGUGCACAUUGUGGUCGCGACCCCCGGUCGUCUUAUCGACAUGCUGGAAAAGGGCAGGCUGAAUGCCAACAACUGCAAAUACCUCUGCAUGGACGAGGCGGACCGCAUGAUCGAUAUGGGCUUUGAAGAGGACGUGCGCUCCAUCAUGAGUCACUUUAAAUACCAGCGCCAGACACUCCUGUUCUCCGCUACCAUGCCGCGCAAGAUCCAGGACUUUGCUCAGCAGUCCCUCAUCAACCCCAUUCUGGUCAACGUCGGCCGUGCCGGUGCCGCCAACAUGGACGUCAUCCAGGAGGUCGAGUACGUCAAGCAGGAGGCCAAAAUGGUUUAUCUCUUGGAAUGUCUCCAAAAGACCCCGCCGCCCGUCAUCAUCUUCAGCGACAACAAGAACGAGGUCGACGAUAUCCAGGAGUACCUCCUUCUCAAGGGCGUUGAGGCCGUGGCUAUCCACGGUAGUAAGACCCAAGACGAACGCGAGUACGCCAUCCGCUCGUUCAAGACUGGCGGCAAGGACGUCAUGGUCGCCUCGGGUGUCGCGUCCAAGGGCCUGGACUUUAACGAGAUCCAGCACGUCAUCGUGUACACUAUGCCCAAGGAGAUUGAGGACUAUGUGCACGAGAUCGGCCGCACGGGCCGUAGCGGCAAGACCGGAGUGGCGACGACGUUUGUCAACAUGAACACGAGCGAGCAGACAUUGCUGGAUUUGAAGUACCUCCUCAUGGAGGCCAAGCAGAAGAUCCCGGAGUUCCUGCUCGACAUCGACGACCCGCGCGCUGCCCAGGGUGGCGUCCUCCGCGGCUGUCCAGUCUGUGGUGGACUGGGCCACGGCCUCAGCGACUGUCCCAAGCUCGAGGAGGAGAUGAGGAGGAAGACGGCCGCCAACGCGCGCUACGAUGGUGGCGGGUACUAG